UAUACUGGAAACCGUUGUCUGUCAGUGUAGCUCCGAACAGUUAGUUUUAUCCUCUGAACACCAUUUUCCCUUAUUUUUAAGCCGCGACUUUGACUCUACAAACGGCUAGCUAAGGUAUUUUACACCCGGAUUUAGAAAAUGGAGUCUCAUCGCUACUGUUUGAGGAGCCUUUUGAGUUAUUUGCUAAUCUGCGUCACUCUGUGGAGCCAGCAAAGCUACGGGUUGUUUGGACGAACCAACCGGAGACCAAACGUCGUUUUAAUACUCACUGACGACCUGGACGUCGCUCUGGGCGGCUUGAACCCGUUGACCAAGACUAAGAAACUAAUUGGUGACGCUGGGAUAACCUUCACAAACGCAUUUGUUGCCAGUCCUCUCUGCUGCCCGAGUCGAGCCAGCAUCCUGACGGGGAAAUACCCCCAUAACCACCACGUCAUCAACAACACGCUGGAGGGGAACUGCAGCAGCUCGGCCUGGCAGAAGAGCCAGGAGCCGCAGACUUUCCCCGCUUUCCUGAAGAGCUUCGGAGGAUACCAAACCUUCUUCGCAGGGAAAUACCUCAACCAGUACGGACAUUCUGACGCUGGUGGGUUGCAGCAUGUUCCUCCAGGCUGGAGCUACUGGGUGGCACUGGAGAAAAACUCUAAAUACUACAACUACACUCUGUCAGUGAAUGGGAAGGCUCAGAAACACGGAGCGGACUACAGCAGAGAUUACCUGACCGAUGUGCUGGCUAACAGGUCUUUGGAGUUCCUCCAGUAUAAAUCCAGUUACCAGCCGUUCUUCAUGAUGGUUUCCACGCCAGCGCCACACUCCCCCUGGACGGCGGCUCCUCAGUACCAGGACCGCUUCAACGACACCAAGGCUCCCAGAGACCCCAACUUUAACGUCCACGGGAAGGACAAACAUUGGUUGAUCCGUCAGGCUAAAACUCCCAUGUCCAACUCCUCUGUCCAGUUCCUCGAUGACGCCUUCAGGAAGCGAUGGCGAACUUUACUGUCAGUGGACGAUCUGGUGGAGAAAAUUGUGAAGAGGUUGGAGGUCAGAGGUGAACUAGAGAACACCUACAUCUUCUUUACCUCUGAUAACGGCUACCAUACAGGUCAGUUCUCUCUGCCGCUGGACAAACGGCAGCUCUAUGAGUUCGACAUCAGGGUUCCUCUUAUGGUCAGAGGACCAAACAUCAAACCCAACCAGACCAGCCAGAUGCCGGUGGCGAACGUCGACCUCGGCCCGACCAUCCUGGACAUCGCCGGCUACUAUGUCAACAAGACCAAAAUGGACGGCAUGUCCUUCCUGCCCAUUAUGCAGCAAGGGAAGAUGAACAGCAGCAGCUGGAGAACAGACAUCCUGGUGGAGUAUGAAGGCGAAGGAAGGAACGUUUCGGAUCCGGCCUGCCCGCUGUUGGGACCGGGAGUGUCGGAAUGCUUCCCAGACUGUGUGUGUGAGGACGCGUACAACAACACUUAUGCCUGUGUGCGCACCGUCGCCCCCUCUGCCAACCUGCAGUACUGCGAGUUCGAUGACAACGAGGUGUUUGUGGAAGUGUAUAACGUGACGGCAGACCCCUACCAGCUCAACAACAUUGCAAAGACCAUCGAGCAGGAAGUGCUGGAAAAGAUGAACCAUCGGCUGAUGAUGCUGCAGUCGUGCUCUGGGCAGACAUGUCGAACACCUGGAGUUUAUGAUCGAAGGGUUCAAAGGGUUCUGAGGCAGUGCGCAUGCCCCCUGAAGCCUCAGGUCUAAGAAAAUCAGCAUGUAAGUCAUCUCUUCCUGUCAUGUCUGCAAUAAAUCUUAAGACUGGAUUCUUUUUUUUUUGGACAAAUAUUGUGAAUAACCUUAGAUCAGAGUGUGAUCCUUGUACAAACUAUUGUAUUUACAACUCCUGCAGCUGUGAGAUGCCAAACAGUUAAUGUCUGCACCAUAAAACAUUCAUUUUUACUUAGGCUGGGCUCAAAUCUUCAGUCUUUUAAUGAAAUCAGUAUGGAGCACUGUUUGUUUUUGCAGACAUCAAUCGAAGACGUCUCUGUCUUGUGUGGCGAUGAGCCGGGACUCCCCGUGAUGCAAAGUGAAGAAGGAUUCUGGUUUCAGUCCCCUCUGCUCCAGGGCCUCUCUGAGACGGACCGGCGGCUCCAGGCGAGGGCGAAGGUCCCCCAGUGUAUGGCUACAGACUGUUUGGCCUGAAGGUCCUGAUGAAUCUGAACAGCCUCCUCUGGAUCCACAUGCUGUCCCUUCAUCACAUCCCUGAGGACCCAACAGGAAUUGACAGACGUCCUGCUUAAUGCUUAUUAAAAUGCUGAAACUGAACAUUAAGAUAGUUUUGUAUGUAUGUGUAUGAAAGGAAACCUUAAACCAAGUAGUACUGGCUUUACAUUUGUAUUUGUCUGCACAUAUUAAAUAACUUCUAUCAUCCA